AUGCGAAAGAUUGCUGUCGAGAUUACACCCACUCCUGCCCUUCUGGGCCAGAUCUCCCUCCAGAGAUAUCCGCCACGUACGCCACGUCCCUUCUCCAACCAAUCACCAACUUCAUCUCGCCCGGAGAUUUUUUGCGUCACUAAGGACAUGCGCCGAGGUGCUCACCCCCGUCACGCUCCGCGACCGAAGUCCAUCUCAUUUAAGCCACCAACCUCGUCGACGCGCCGCAAACCUCAACCGCCACGCACCCCUCCCUUCCCCCCCUUCCCACUAAUUCUCCCCUUCGCACCCCCCAACCCCCCUGAGAGUCUCGCUCUCACCGCCAUGACCAUGCGCUCCAUCGGCUCCAUCAGCUCAGAGCUUUGCGAGAUGCAACGCCUCCGUGAUUCUAAUAUCGCCCGCUGCGCGAAGGACCUGGAAUGGCAGCGCCGCAUCAUGGCCUCGCGCUCGGCCCCACUCUAUACAUCCCCGCGUUGCUCGUAUGUAUCUGUCGACCACCAGCCGCAGCGCCAAGUCCGUCAUACUGUACCCUACCCACCGGCGCCCAAGACCGCGGCUCACUACAACCCCGCCGCGGCCCGCCCCACAGCCAUCAAGAUUGAAGAUCAUGCGGACUCCUUGUUCGGUGCUGAUGACUCAACGCCGAGGCCACGCUUGCGCCACGCUCCUCUACCCCCGCCGCUUCGCGACGGGAGCCCCGACAUGACAGACUCCACCCCGUCCGUUUCGACGCACGGCGCGAGUCCUGAUUUGGAUGCAGGCGAGCGUCGCUUAGGGGAUGGCCAGAGGCCAUCCGGGAGUCCCAUAGGUCCUGGGACGGGGCGCAUCGGAAAAAUUCGAAGGCAUCGCAUGACGAAAGAGGAAGAGGCCCGCUUCGACGCAGCGGACCUCAAGGACUUGAGAGGAAGCACAGCCGCCAAGUCGAGAAAGAUGACCGAGGAUGAAAGGGAUAUCAUGUUACACAAGCGCCGCUUGAGGAACAGACUGUCGGCCGCACGUAGUCGGGAGAGGCAGAGGAAGACGAUUCAGGAGGUGGGGGAGGAGGUGGAUGAAUUGUUGGAGCAGGCCAGCUCGCUGCAAGAGAGGUGCCAAGUGGCCGAGAGCGAAAUUCUUGCGCUACGUGCAACGAACGAGGCGCUGAGACUGGAGAACUCGCAGUUGAAGGGCGGCGCCAGCGGAAAUGCCCCAGUGGGCAAUGUCGCACAGCAGCCGGGACUGUUGAAGGGGAAUGGGUCGAUGUUGAGGUUUUCGAUGUCGAGUGACAUGCUGGAUAGGAUCAUGGCGGGCUCGGAUGGGCCUGGACUGCUGCCGUCGUCAAUGGCGAGUAAUGGAAUGAUUAAGAUCCCGAGUACGCUACACCUCUCUCUCAGUACAGAUAAGCUUGGAGAUGGGAUGCAAGCGUUUAAUGCGUCGCUGCAGCCUAUGUCGAGGACAGCGAGCACUAUUGAAAGGAUGCUGGAUUGUAACAACAAUGAGCAGUAUACCCCGGGUGAGGAUCUGGGUGCAAAUAACUCUAUUACCGCUACUAAAUUAGGCUAACGCCUUGGUGCCCAUGCGAAUGAGAAUGUCGCAUUCAGAGGUGCGUAUUUGAUUGUGAUUUGUAUUCUGGCGUGGUCCCCGUGUGGCCGUGCUCGUGUAGCAUCAUUGUGUAAAAGCGUUUCUUCUGCGAUA